AGUAAAUAAAGUAAAAAACGUUGACAGUGUUCAUAAAUACUUUGAACGUAGUUAGUAACAGAAAAUAUACAUACAUGCAUGUUUUGCUAUAUUUUUUUCAUGAAGUGGGAAUGCAAUAAUGAAGAAUCUACUGGAUCGGAAAGCAGUUAUGAGCACGAGACUUUCUAGAAGAGGCCAGUCACCAAUAAGUAUUGCACUAAGCUUUGGCAAUGCUGAUACUGCACGGGUUCUUCUUGAUAAGGAUGCAACAUCUAUACAUCACAGCGACAGUGCUGGUCUAACACCCAUUCACCUUGCUACUGUAAGCGGGCUAUCCUCAAUCAUUGAGGAGUUGGUAUCACUAGGUGCUGAUGUAAAUCCUCAGUCACACGAUGGCCAGACACCCUUACACUUUGCCAUUAGACUAUGCCGCUGUAAGAAAAGACAGGUUGAAGUGACCACAGCUUUGCAGCAGAUACAACAAGAGAGUGAUGAUGACUUAUCCCCCGCGGAGGCUUUGAUACAAUUCCUUAUAAAUCAAGGAUCCAAGGUCGACAUCAAGGAUAACGAAGGUUUUACCCCGGUACAGUAUGCCAGAGAUGAGCGCGUUAGACAAAUGGUAUUACGGAGGUGAGAACAUUAUAAAGAUAAUAUAACCAGGCUCCGUAGAAUACG